CACACCAGAUGAACCCAUUUUUUGUGCUGAACUGCUAAUCAAUGAAGGUUCUCAGGUACUCCGAUCGUACAAGUUCUGGUGGCUGAAGUUGUGCAUUGGUAGCGUCUUCCACUAUCUAGCAAUGGAUUUUUCGUUUCUCAGUAAUUUCAUGUCAUUGAAACCCCAAUCUGCAAAGGAUAUGGCUUCAACUGUUGUAUCUACUAGUACCCUAAUGGAAGUACCUAAACAAAAGGCUCAGUUUGAUGCUAAGUUUUGGAAAUGGACCCUGUUUUCAUUUGUUCCUUGGGCCAAAGGAUCCGAGGGUAAUAUUCAGAUGCCAACAACUGUCAACAAGAAGUUGAAAAGGCGUAGGCAAUCUCGUGAAAGUGUAAACUCUCUAGCUCGGACGUCAACCAUACGCUUUAGACCAUAUGUCUCGAAAGUUCCUUGGCAUACAGGUCCAAGAGCUUUCCUUUCACAGUUUUUCCCUCGAUAUGGUCAUUACUGUGGACCAAACUGGUCAAGUGGGAAAGAUGGAGGGUCUUUAGUUUGGGAUAGAAGACCGAUUGAUUGGUUGGAUUUUUGCUGUUAUUGUCAUGACAUGGGCUAUGAUACUCAUGACCAAGCUGAGCUUCUCAAGGCAGACCUCGCAUUCCUUGAGUGUUUGGAGAAGCCUCACAUGAGUACGCGAGGGGAUCCUCAUACAGCUCUGCUUUACAAGACUAUGUGCAUUUCAGGCCUCAGGAACAUAUUGAUACCUUACAGACAACGCCUCAUUAGCUUGCAAGCAAAUCAAUUAUCUUUCGGAUUUGGAUGGCUCAGCGGUAUCAUGGAACCUGCAAAAUGCUUGAAAGACCGUUUCAUAUGGUUACAGAAGUAGCCAUGUGAAUAAAUCGCGGGGUCCUAUAUUAGUCAUGGAAGCUGAAGCAGCUGCGAUCUGAAUGUUGAAAGUUGAAGAUUGCACUUGCCGAACAAGACAAUUUCUGCAAAUUCCAUUUCAUCAAUGCCUGGGAUAAUAUAACUGUUGAACUGCAUAAUGAUGUAAUUAGUUGUUUCACUAUUCCAGUACUUGUACAUUAUUCUCAAUUUACAGUAUAUCAAGUGUAAAGUAUUUUCUAUGUUAUUGUUAUGGAUUUUUUGAGCUAGAUUAUGGUUAGAAAAGAUGUUUGGAA